AUGUUUUGGAUGCCAUCUGGGGUUCCGGAGCGGAUCGUCGUGCGCACUGAGAGUCAGCAGUCAGCAGCCAACCAGCCAACACCAACCACUCGGCAGCAUGGAACGAAGGCGAUUAUCGAGACACUCGUUGGCUUCUUCGUCUCCGAUUGGUCCAGUGGAUCCGUGAAUCCAUCGCGUUCGAUUGACGCCACUGGAGACCACCGGUCUUUCUCUCAGCAACGCCCAUCCAUCAUGAGCAGCUUACUGGCGGUCAUGCUCGUCACCCAAGCCGAUCAGUCCUCGCCCUCUCUCGCUUUUGCGUGGCCUCCCCGGCCGCAACCGACGCCGAGGCUAGAUCGGCCGGUCUACAAGCAGGAGCAAUCGCGCAUCUGUGGAAGCGACCCGAGCCUAUACUCGGGCAAGAAACACGCCCAUGGGGCUCACUGGACCGAUCAUCGCGACCAUCACGGCAAUCGGUUCGUGCGGGGCGUGCAAGAAUCGGAUCUUUGGGACGGCCAUUACGGCGAGAGCUCCUCAGACGAAGCCUCGCCCAGAGCCUUCAAGCAGCCCAUCUCCCGGAGAAUCAUCAGCUCCAGCUCCUCCGGCCUGCCCAAGCCUAGCCGACAUGAGCCCAACGACUUCGACGAUGAGGACGAUGAUUCGAGGUUCCCAGGCCUGUUUUACGAAAGCCAUCAUUCCGAUUCGGUCCGCCUCAGUGCGAAAAAAUCCAACAAACAAUCAUCACCGAGGAGGAGGACGAGCUAUCUUGGCUUCGAGCCGGACGAGUGGGCCGAUAUGCUCACCCCUCGAAUCCAUGGCGCUCAACACCUGAACACCCCCAAGGGGAUGGCCAGCGGGCGGAAGUUGGAAUUGGUCAUCGACGCCUUGGCUAUCAUCGCACACCCCGUCCUGGUCAACCAGAAGCCUACCAUGAGUCAAACCAAUCCCGAGCGCUCGAUGGAACGAGGCCGGACGAGGACCAGGUCAGGUGAAAAGGGGAUGCAGAGCUCCCCGCCGGUUUCUCCCAAUAAGCCAAACUCUCAAUCCCCCUUCUUAAAGCCAGCGCUUCCCACUCACACAUCCGCUCCCCGGACCUCGUCCGCUGAGCCACCCCUCUCAACCACCGAUGAAAUCGAUCUCAAUACACUCGACCUCAACGAUCCACCACUCGCCACCCUGCCAAACUCAUCCUCCUCUCCCUGCAAGCCGCCCCUCCCGGCGCCAAUAUCCCAGCUGACGAGGAUGAUGACGCCUUCGAUCACCCCUGUCGACACCUCCACCCGCGUCUUUUUGCACCCUCGCUCCUCCGCGUCAACUCGAAGCAAUUCCAGUCCAUCUCCCGUAGCCCUGCCGGCCCGGUUUAAUAUCCGGGACCGGUACAAUCCCAUCCCGUAUUCGCCCAUGUGUGGCUUCCUCACAGCAGCGCCGACUGCGAGGCACGAUGAGAGACAGCAGCCCAAUGAGACCCUACCAGCUCGGUCUGCUCAGCUGGCACCCUUGCAGUCCUUCACCCUGGCCUUGAUAAUCGAUACCCCACCCGCUUCUCACCUCUCACAGCACCUCGAAGUCUACUACAGGGAUGUGGUGUUGAAGCUGACAGCAGCACUCAAGCAUUUGGAACGGGAGAGCUCGUAUCUCACCAGGGAAGUCCAACUAAUCAUGCGCAAACUGUCCGAACGAAGAAGCUCAUAUUCCAGCCGGAGCAACAGCCAAAAAAGGCAGCCGGAGAUCGAAGAUAUGAUGGAGUUUGUCGAGCAGAGCUCGGACCUUGCCCGGGCUCUGGCGCGGACCUUCGACGACCUCAAGACUCUCGGCAGUACGAGUAUCACCCUCGAUCAUCAGCUCGACCUCGACUUACUCCUUCAUCGCGAGCUAUUGGAUAGUAAUACUGUCCCCGAGAAUUGGCUCUUGGCUAAUAGUGUCAAAACUCCCUCACCCGAAACUGGGGAUCAGGAUCGGUUCGCCCAUUUGGAAUCUUGGAAAAGUCUGCUACUCCUUGAAGAUCCCCAAGUCUUGAUCGAGCAAACUGCGCCCGGAAGUCUCCUGCGCGACUUUAUCGCAAUCAUCAAGCCCGCCUUGACGCUUUCUGAGUACAAGUUCUUACUAGACACCGAUUCCAGCACAAUAGCCGAGAUGACGGACCACUUGCUGUAUUGGAGGAAAGCAAAGUUGACGGACAUGAUCACCCUACGAAAUUCCUAUCAAUUAACUUGUCCCCCGCAAACCGACCCAUCAGCAAUUUCUCCGGAUCGACUCCCGAUCUCGCGGCUCCAGCACGAAUUCUCGAGCACGUUUCCGAACCUGCCGCACCUGGUGAUGAUACUCUCGUUGAUCAGCCAACGAUCGCGCCAGCCGUUCUCGAGCAUCCUGCCUAUGCUGGCCCCGAACCUGGAGAAGUCGGAGUCGAUGGCCGUACUGGUGUGGCUAUUAAAGCGGGACUUACUGCUGAGGGAGCGGACACACGUGCGGAUCAAGAUCGACCGGGAAACGAAGAUGAAGGUUGCCCUGUGGGAGCAAGAGCAGAAGCAGCAGAAGGGGAGCGAGGAAUACAACGAGGAGAUUGACGAGCAGAGCUCGCUUUCGCCAGGCUCCCAGACCCGCAACCGAGCCCAUCCAAGCAGCUCCCAGACCGCCCAGGCCUCCUCUUCGCUACCCUCUGACAGCCGCUACCAGCCGCUCUCGGAAUCGGGCUCUAAGAGGACAACCUCUGAAGCCAACCGGGCAGAGUCGAUGACCAUCCAGAGCCCGCAGCCGCAGGGGAUGACCUCCGAGCGGUCAUUGACAACCCAGCAGCCCAGCUCGGUGCCCGACGGCCUGAGCCGCCACUCCCGGCUCACCCAGUCGCUCCAGCCGCGCUCGCUGACCUCGAUCGCGAGCUCCGACGACUUCGGCCGAGAGCAUCGUCGCCGGCUGCGCCAGCAGUCCGUCCAGUCCGACUUCUCCGCCCUCAGCGAACCCCAUGCCCGUGAUCAAGGCUCCGAUGGUACCGCCCCCGCUGGCCUCAUCCUGCUCCCCCAUAAGGUCGACCUCCUCGCUGACAGCAUCAUUGGCGAACCCGGUCAAGCUACUGCUCUUGAACAGAAAUGGCUCGACGAAAUCUGCGCGGAAAAAACCGAUGCUCAGAUCAGAGCUUUCAACUCCGCCUUUAGAUAUUUUAACGGGCGCUAUGCGCUCGAAGAAAUCGUCUCCAGGUCCGGCUUAUCCAGGAAGGCGUUGAACGAAGUCUUGAAUGAGUUCAAACCCAACUUGAUUCUGUUGAUUCAUCCUUGA